AAAAUACUUAUUGUUGUUGUUUUGUUUUGAUUUACCCAUAUGCAGCAGUUAGGAAUGCAACUUUGAUGUACUGAGAAAGUGAAAAAGAAAAGAAAUUGAAAAUGAAAAGCGGAAGGUCACACAGAAAUGACGACGAAGCAUAACGAUCCCAAAAUUGUUCACAAUCCACCAACGACGAUGAACAGUAAUAAUAAUCCACCGAAGAAUGCAACGACGCCGUCGAUUCCCGCUAACCCACCACCAAUUCAUCUUCUCACUCAGUCUCAGCCCCAAUCGCAUGCUUCUUCUUCUCCUUUCCCCGGUCACUUUCAGUUAUCACAACCUCAAACCCAUGUCAUUGCACAACAACCAUCACAUUUUUCAAACCCUCGUGCUCACCCUCAAACACAACAACAACAACAUCAACAUGUUAACCAAGUGCAUAAUAACACCAACACUAAUGUGGCUUCUCCUGCAACUACAACUACAACAACUACUACUACUACCAAGCGUUCGAACCAGAAGCCGAGUUCUCGACCGCAAGGUUCGCCAAGUGGUAACCAAACAUCUGCCUUUAAGACAAUGGAAUUGACUCCUGCUCCUUUAAGGAAAAAGAGGAGUUUACCUGACAAGUUAAUACCGGAAAAGGUGGCUAAGCUUGUGCCUGAGUCGGCUCUUUAUACUCGGUUACUUGAACUCGAGGCUCAGAUAGAUACUGCUUUGAAUAGGAAAAAGAUUGAUGUGCAGGAGGCUGUUAAGAACCCUCCUUCUGUUAGGAAAACGCUUCGUGUUUAUGUGUAUAAUACGUUCUCGAAUCAGACAAAAUUGGAGCCUGGGAGGACUGGUGAUGUUGAGGAGCCUUCUUGGUCACUCAGGAUAACAGGGAAGAUAUUGGAAGAAGACGGUAAGGAUCCUGUUAUGGCAGGGAUUUCGAAAAAGGAAAGUCCUUUAUACCCAAAGUUUUCGGCUUUCUUUAAGAAAAUUACAGUGUACUUGGAUCAGGGCUUUUAUCCGGAUAAUCAUGUUAUUGUAUGGGACAGUGCUCGUUCGUCUGUACUACAGGAUGGUUUUGAGGUGAAGAGGAAAGGAGACAAAGAAUUCACUGCGGUUAUUAGGUUAGGAGUGAAUUACUCGCCUGAAAAGUUUAUGGUUUCGACGCCGUUGGCUAAAAUUUUAGGAGUUGAGUUUGAUACCCGUCCUAGGAUAAUGGCUGCUCUCUGGAACUAUGUGAAGUAUAGGAAGCUACAGAGCCCGAAUGAUCCUUCAUUCUUCAUGUGCGAUGCUUCUCUCCAAAAAGUGUUUGGGGAAGAAAAAAUGAAAUUCUCCAUGGCUUCGCAGAAGAUAUCACAGCAUUUGUCACAACCACAGCCUAUACAUGUGGAGCAUAAAAUCAAGCUUUCUGGAAAUUGUCCUGCUGGAAGUGCUUGUUAUGAUGUGCAGGUUGAUGUGCCUCUUCGAGUAGAGAAAGAUAUGUCUGCAUUAUUAACAAGCAUGGAGAGGCACAAAGAGAUUGAUGGUUUUGAUGAAGUGAUUGGUGCUUCUGUAAAGAAGAUCCACGAGCAUCUUAGGAGACGGGCUUUUCUUCUUGGCUAUAGUCAGUCUCCUGCAGAGUUUAUUAAUGCCUUGAUAGCUUCUCAGAGCAAGGAUCUAAAGCUUGUUGCAGGAGAUGCCAGCCAUAAUGCUGAAAAUGAACAACGCUCUGAAUUCUACACUCAACCAUGGGUUGAGGAUGCUGUCAUUCGCUAUCUAAGCCGGAAAAGUGCUCGAACUGAUGUGCCUUGAAGCACCUGAUGGAAAUUUGUGAAAUAGUUUAUUUCCCCCUUUUUUUUAUGGAGUCAAAUUUCUGACAUCAAAAUCAGUCUUGUUCCAGCCUUGCUAAAUUUUCUAUCUCAUCCUCAUUUUUUGGAAUUGAGUACUCAGAGUAUAUGGACUCAAGAUUCUUAUCAACCGUGGUUCGUUUCUGGAGUCCCUCAACCAUAGUUGUACCUGUUGAUUCUCAUCCACUCUUACCCCCCUAGUCCUCAGUGGUAAGAUGAGCCAAGAACAGUUUGCUAAUUUCUUGUGUGGCAUCAAUUUUGGUCUUUGGAGUGGUAUGUUUAAUGUUUUGGGUUAGAACUAUAUGUCCGUGUUUUAGGUACUUAGAUAUUUCAUGUGGCUAUAAGUAAUGAAUGAUCAAAUUAAAAUAGAAGUGUUAAAACAAUGUCGCCGUGGCACUUCAAUAAAGAAACGAUAUUUGACUGUAUAUACUUAUUAAUGCAUUUGAUCAUGUUCUCGACGGGGCCAUCGUGAAUUCAAAACGAUUCCAACGUAUUCCCCUCUAAUUGGAGGGGUAGACACGGACGAAACAAGAAGGGACGAUGAUCUUUGUUGGUCUCCCUUUUAUAAAUUUAGUAUGUUAUUA